CUCAGCAUGGCAAUAGGAAGUGUUAUUUGCGGAGUAAAUACUCCAAAAACAAAAAGAAAGAAAAACAAGACUCAAGAACGCAGUUGGAUAGAAGCGACAUUUCAAAAAAGAGAAUGUACGAAAUUUAUACCAAGCGCAAAAGAUGAACACAGGCUUGAAGAAGUUCGGGGAGAUAAAUCUGCCGAGUACGAUGUAGUCACGUCUUCCAGAUGUUGUUGUGGUCAUUCCUAUACUCAUCAUUGUGGGACAGGGGCAGACGUACAAAAUUAUGCAACUGGAAAUGCAGCUGAAGUAGAAAGGGAUCAGUGGUCACCAGGAAAAAAUACACGUUCUUUAGCUACUGAUGCAUAUGGUACUAUCGAGUUUCAAGGUGGCCCUCAUCCUACUAAAGCUCAAUAUGUUCGACUAUCCCAUGACACUCGACCAGAGCCAAUAGUUCAACUUUUAUGUCGCGAAUGGAAUUUAGGUUUACCAAGAUUAUUGAUAACCGUUCAUGGAGGUAGAUCUAAUUUUGAACUUCAGCCAUCUUUGAAAAAGGUAUUACGUAAAGGGCUUUUAAAGGCCGCUAAGACUACUGGAGCAUGGAUAUUUACAGGAGGGACAAAUACUGGCGUUACACGUCAAGUAGGCGAUGCUUUAUUAUUAGAACGUGCACAGCGACAAGGUCGUGUUGUCAGUAUAGGAAUUGCACCUUGGGGAAUACUCGAAAAAAACCACGAAUUAGUAGGACGAGGAAAUGAAGUCCCUUAUGACUCAAUAUCAUCUCCGUGGUCAAAAUAUGCGGUGUUAAAUAAUCGUCAUGCUUACUUUUUGCUUGUCGAUAAUGGUACUGGUGGGCGAUAUGGCGCUGAAAUAGUAUUACGACGGAAACUCGAAAAAUAUAUAUCAAAUUUAAAAUUACAACCAUAUACACAUAGUAGCAUUCCAGUCGUUGCAUUAGUUAUUGAGGGUGGAACUAAUACUGUCAGAUCGGUUCUCGAAUACGUUACUGAUGAUCCUCCUGUUCCCGUGGUUGUUUGCGAUGGAACGGGACGGGCUGCAGAUAUUAUUGCUUUCAUGCAUAAGUAUGCAGUUGAGGGCGAUAGUGAUAGUACAAGUGAUGUUCGUUUGGAAAGUAUGAAAGAACAUUUAUUCGAAAAAAUUAAAGAUACUUUUAAAGUUUCGCAAGAUCAAGCAGCACAAUUAUAUUCUGAAUUACUUCAAUGUACUCGUAAAAAACAUUUAAUCACUGUGUUCAGGAUAACUCAAGAUGGACCACAUGAACUUGAUCAAACAAUUUUGACUGCAUUAUUCAAAUCACAACAAUUAUCUCCAACUGAACAAUUAUCAUUAGCGCUCAUAUGGAAUAGAGUUGAUAUUGCUCGUAGUGAAAUUUUUGUUUAUGGUCAAAAAUGGCCGCCUGGUUCCUUAGAACAGGCAAUGAUGCAAGCUUUACAACACGAUAGAAUUGAUUUUGUAAAACUUCUUCUUGAAAAUGGCGUACCAAUGAGAAAAUUUUUAUCUAUACCACGUUUGGAAGAAUUAUACAAUACCAAAGAAGGACCAUCAAAUACAUUAGGUUAUAUUCUCCGAGAUGUACGACCACACAUUCCUCGUGGUUAUAUGUAUACCCUUCAUGAUAUUGGUCUUGUUAUCAAUAAACUCAUGGGUGGAGCAUAUCGAGCUCAAUAUACUCGUAGAAAAUUCCGAAUGGUUUACGCCAAAGUUAUGAAGCGUUCAGGAAUUCAUAAUAUGUCAGCCCAUCGAAACAGUACGGCUGUAGCAAUGGCACGUUAUUAUACGGGAUUCGGAGAAAAGUCUAAUGGUUUAACUAUGAGUCUAUUAGCUGAAACACUGCCAGCAAAUCGAGAUACACCUUUAUUCGAUUAUCCAUUUAAUGAAUUACUUAUAUGGGCUGUGUUAACAAAACGACAGCAAAUGGCACUUUUAAUGUGGCAACAUGGCGAAGAAGCUUUAGCGAAGGCUCUUGUUGCUUUAAAAUUAUAUAAAGCUAUGGCCCAUGAAGCAGCUGAAGAUGAUCUAGAAACUGAAGUUUAUGAUGAGCUCCGUGGUUACGGAAAAGAAUUUGAAAAUAUUGCUUUGGAAUUGUUAGAUUAUUGCUAUCGACAAGAUGAUGACCAAACUCAACAGCUAUUAACUUCUGAACUUCAAAAUUGGUCUGGACAAACUUGCUUAUCCCUUGCAGUAACAGCUAACCAUCGACCGUUACUAGCUCAUCCAUGCAGUCAGAUUAUUUUAGCAGAUUUAUGGAUGGGUGGUCUGCGAACACGAAAAAAUACGAAUUUAAAGGUGGGUCUUGGAUUGCUAUUUCCGCCAUAUAUAGCACAACUAGAAUUUAAGACUCGAGAAGAGCUGCAGUUGAUGCCUCAGACGCAAGAAGAACAUUUAAUUGCUUUAGAAGAUGAAAAUGAGGACAGUGAAUCAGAGCACGGUGCUUCACCAGGACCAGACGUUGAGAAACGGCCACGCAGAAGUCUCAGUAUUUGCAACAAACCUGACAAUCAACCGGGCAUAAAGGCUCUGAUAACCAAUGAGCAUAAUCCUGCCAUCAUCAAAGAAACAAUAGUUCAAGAAAAUGGCAAAGUUCUCACUGAAAUAGAUGACAAUCUUCAUCGGCCUUAUGGUAUUUUAUCAGAAUAUUAUGAUAAUAAAACUAACAGGCCAUUACGUCUAAAAAAAAAGUUAUGGGAAUUUUAUACAGCACCAAUAACUAAAUUUUGGGCAAAUGCCAUAGCAUACAUACUAUUUCUGAUUUUUUUCUCGUAUUCUAUCCUCGUUCGAAUGGAAGAGUAUCCAGGAUGGACAGAAAUUUAUUCAAUAGCUUAUAUAUGCACAUUGGGAUGUGAAAAAAUUCGAGAAAUCGCAACAUCAGAACCCGCCACUUUAUCACAUAAAUUUAGCGUUUGGUCAUGGAAUAUGUGGAAUCCAUGUGAUGCUGGCGCUAUAAUUAUAUUCAUUAUUGGCUUAGGACUCAGAUUUCGUCAAUCAACAUUUGAUUAUGGUCGUGUUAUCUACUGUGCGGAUAGUAUAUAUUGGUAUCUUAGAAUUCUCAAUAUUCUUGGUGUCAAUAAAUAUCUUGGUCCGUUGGUUACUAUGAUGGGUAAAAUGGUGAAAAAUAUGAUAUACUUUGUUGUUCUUUUACUUGUGGUAUUGAUGAGUUUUGGGGUAGCAAGGCAGGCAAUUUUAAAUCCCAAUGCAGAACCGAAAUGGCAAAUACUUCGAGAUAUAUUUAUGGAGCCGUAUUUUAUGCUUUAUGGAGAAGUGUAUGCAAACAAUAUCGAUCCUGAUUGUGGCGAAGAACCUAGUAUGAAACCGUGUUUACCAGGUCGAUGGAUAACGCCAGCCGUUAUGUCGAUUUAUUUAUUAGUAGCUAAUAUUCUUUUGAUAAAUCUUUUGAUAGCUGUUUUUAACAAUAUUUUUAUUGAAGUAAAUGCGGUAGCUCAUCAAGUAUGGAUGUUUCAAAGAUUUACUGUAGUAAUGGAAUAUGAGCAAAAACCUGUUUUACCUCCUCCAUUUAUUGCAGUAAGUCAUCUAUAUUUAUUAGGCAAAUAUUUAUUACGGUAUAUAACACAAGGUGAAAUGCGCUCUGGAGAAACGUAUGAUAAUGGUUUAAAGCUUUUCUUAGAGGCUGACGAUAUGGAGCGUUUAUAUGAUUUUGAGGAAGAUUGUGUCGAAGGUUAUUUUAGAGAGCAAGAAUUAAAGCUUCAAAUGUCAACGGAAGAACGUGUUAAAGUUACAACUGAGAGAGUAGAAAAUAUGCAUCAAAAAAUUGAAGAUAUUGAUAAAAAAGAACACAAUCAGAAUGCUUCACUACAAGCUGUUGAAUUUCGUAUUCGGAAACUUGAAGAUCUAAACGAACAAACUUUAGCUUGUCUUGGUGUUAUUCAUCGUUUUAUGGCAACUCAUAUGUCUGAUGAAAAUUUAGCUAAUCUAGAUGGUGGUGAAAUGCGUCCAAGAAGAGUUUCUGAAAGAUCUGAAUUGGUAUCUGAUACUGAGUCUCAUACUCAUAUUCCCACUGUAUUACGACAGAAACGUUUAAUACGAUCAUUAACUGAUGCAACAGUGCGUCACAGCCCAUUUGUUGACGACGAAACUUUAAAACACUCAGAGACUUUAACAUCUCGUGAAAAUCUUAGCAGAAAUGGAUCUUCUUCUAGUGGUGAUAUUCCUACAACAGGACCAGAUGAUAAGAAAACAUUAACAACUAGUCAAGAAGAAAGUGCUGAAAGUAAAGAUAUUAAUGAACCUGAAUUGAAACCACUUAGGCGAGAAGUUGAACGAGAUACAAGUAGUGAUAUAGCAAUAUCAGAUAUGCGGCAAGAUUCUUCAGAACGCCCGACUAGACAAAGCAGUCGAACUCGAUCAGAAUCUGAUGAUGCUGUAUUGCUUGCACCACCUGGCUUACAACGAGGAAUUAAAUGGGGUGAACCUCGUGUUGCGAUGAUCCCUCCAGGAUCUUCUGGUGGAUCUAAUCAAAGGUCACUUUUACGAGCUAUGCGUGCUGAGUACACCAGUAUUACUGAUGAAUUAGAGAGUUACUGUGGGCUUUUAAGUCCUCCGCGAACUCCUCCAGUAUCACCUCCACCUUGUAGAUCGAAAAAUGCUGUCGCAAUGAAUCCAGAAAUGGCAUGGCAAAUGGAAAAUGAACACUUACGUGAUGCUGAAGAAUGUGAUUAUCAACAAAUGGAGGAUCUUAUUCAUAGAAGAUACAUGAGAAGUAGUAAUGAAGAUUCAGAUAAUGAAGUAACCUCGAAAUUUAAAUUUAGUGUUACCAAUGAACAUAGAAUGUUGCGCAGAUCAUCAGCUAUUGAUGAAGAAUCACGAAGACCACCACCAACUAUUAGCGUUACACGGGAAAUCGAACAGACAUUGUCGAGACCACCAGCUAUACGUGAAGCUGAUGAUAAAGAUCCAACUGAUGAAGGAACUGUGCCUGCACCAGCUUCCGAAACUAUGUGUUAA